AUGCCUUCACUGGUUGACUUUGGAGGCUACACCACCCGGUACCGGCUCUUCCGCAACCUGUUCAUGCUCAACUUCCAAAUCCUUUCGCUCAAGAUCGGGCAGCGCAUAAUCUUUGCUAACACCCGCGCCGGUACUUUAGCCGCCGCCGCCACUGCUGCUGCUGCUGCUGCUGCUGCUGCUGCUGCCUCAUCUGGUAUCGAACUUCAACUGGGACAGCCUAUGCAGCACCCCAACGAGCUGCUUACCCUGCUUACCCUGCGAUGUCUGGGGGAGUGUUACCUUGCGUGCAGAGGACGUGCCUGGAAUGAUCGCCGCCAAUAA